UCACAAACCGGGGCUCGGGGGAAGCCAUGUCCUACUUCAGGACUCCACAAACUCAUCCAGGUCCUCUGCCUUCUGGCCAAGGUGGGACUGCUUCUCCAGGCCUGUCCCUUGGCCUCUGUAGUCCUAUAGAGCCAGUGGUGGUGGCCUCUGGUGGAACAGGCCCACUGAGCCAGAAAGCUGAGCAGGUGGCACCUGCUGCCCAGGCCUGGGGCCCAGCCCUGGCAAUGCCACAAGCCAGGGGCUGCCCUGGGGGGACUAGCUGGGAGACACUACGGAAGGAAUACAGCCGAAACUGCCACAAAUUCCCGCAUGUGAGGCAGCCGGAGAGCUUGGGCUGGGACAAUGGCUACUCCAGAAGCAGAGCCCCCAACCUGGGUGGCCCCAGCAGGCCUAGGCCCCUGAUGCUGUGUGGGCUGUCACCAAGGGUUCUACCGGUACCCUCUGAGGCAGUGGGGAAGGAGGCCAGCUCCCAGCCUGACAUCUGCAUCCUCACCCUCGCUAUGAUGAUCGCUGGCAUCCCCACCGUGCCCGUCCCAGGCGUUCGGGAAGAGGACCUGAUCUGGGCUGCUCAAGCUUUCAUGAUGGCCCAUCCGGAGCCAGAGGGUGCUGUGGAGGGGGCGCGGUGGGAGCAGGCGCAUGCCCACACAGCCUCUGGGAAGACGCCGCUAGUGAGAUCUAAGAGGGGCCAGCCUUCUGGCUCCUGCUUGUAGAUGGAUGAAAUAGCACCAGAUACGUAGGGUG